AUGUUUCAUUUAUACGAAUUGCUUAUGUUUUUUUUAAGACACCCAAGAGAUAAAUAUGAUGAAGCAUUUUUAGGUCCAAUUUUUUUGCAUUUUUAUGAUAAAAACUAUUAUAGAAGGGAUAUAAUAAUAAAAAAUCGAAGAGGAGAAAAAUUAAGAUGUUGUUUUUUUACACCUUUUAAUUAUAGUGAAAAUACACCUUGUGUUAUAUACACACAUUCUACUAGUAGUUGUCAAUUAGAAGUUUUAGAUAUAUUACAUAUUCUUUUAGUUUGUGAAUGCUCAGUUUUUUCAUUUGAUUGUGCAGGUUGUGGAUUGUCAGAUGGAUAUUAUUCAACGAAAGGUUGGAAUGAAAGCCAAGACUUAUAUUUAAUUUUAAAUCAUUUAAGAAAUGUAGAAAAAAUAAAAAAUAUUGUUCUUUGGGGAAAACAUUCCGGAGCAGCGAGUUCGAUAAUAGCAGCCGCUUUGGAUCGGAAUAUAAAGAUGUUGAUUUUGGAAUCCCCUUUUGUAUCCUUAAUUGAAUUGUAUAAAACAACAUUUAACUUGUGUGCAAAAAAAAAAAAUGAAAUAAUUUUCAAAAAUAUUUGUUUAUAUUUUACAAGAAGAAAAAUAAAAAAAAAAUUUAACUACGAUAUAAAUAAUGUAUGUCCAGUAUUUUUUAUUGAAGACAUAACAAUUCCAACGAUUUAUAUAAUUUCAAAAAGUGAUAGUAUUGUUCAUCCUGCUCAUUCAUUAUAUUUAGCAUAUAAGCAGAAAAAAGCAAAAAAAAUAAUUUACAUAGCCGAAAAAGGAUCACAACCAUAUGAAGCAUAUACAUAUGAUAGUAAAUUAAUAAUAGCUAUGAAAUCUAUAUUAUAUAGUUAUAAUUUUGAAAAUGAUAUAAGAGAUAAAAUAUUUGAUUUGUCUACAUAUUAUAAAUUAUUUACAUUUUUAAGAGAAAAGUAUGCAUAUGAAUUUGAUUAUAUUGAUAGAUUAAUAACUAAAAAAAUUAAUCAAAAAAAUAAAAUAAUUGACAAAGUAAAGAAGUUUGUUUGUUUUAAAUAUCAGUCAAAGCUUUCGCUUAGUUCUUCCACAUAUUUAAACCAAUCCACUGUGGAUUCUUUGCGUACCUCAAAAGUCUACGAAAAUGAAUAUACAUUUAAAACAGAAGAAAAUAAUAAUGAUUCUAUACAAGCAUGUGGCCAAAUUAACAGUUCAGGAUUUUCUAACGAUUAUCAAGAUGUAUUUUCAGAUGACGAUAAUAUGCUAGAUAAUCCAACUGAAAAUAAUCACAUGCACACAUAUUAUUAUAUAGAUAAAUUCAACAAAUUAAAUGAACAUAAUAAUAAAUUUGAAGAAAUUCAAGGAACUAGCGAAAAACCUUUCAAAUUAUUGCAUAUGCAAAGCUCACGAAGUUCUUUAAAAUCAAAUAAAAAUACUUAUAAAAAGUCUCUAACAUGGAAUAGCAACUUGCAAAGUUCUAUUACAUAUUUCAAGGAAGAUUGCCCAUUAAAUCUCCAAAAAAAUUAA